UGCGCUGCUAUAAAGCGGCCGGCCGAGCGUACAGAGCGUAUUCGCACGCAAGGAUGCUGAAGUUUGAACGGGUAGCGAUCGCGUGUGCGGUGAUCAUUUCGCUGUGUGUUACCGAUGGGUUCGAUUUGAGUGAACCCACGACACGCGACUGGUGGCAGAAAGCGGCCUUUUACCAGAUCUAUCCUCGGUCGUUUAAAGACAGCGAUGGAGACGGAAUCGGUGAUCUGAACGGCGUCACCGCGAAGCUACCGUACCUGAAGUCGCUCGGGGUGGCAGCGUUCUGGCUGUCGCCCGUCUACCAAUCGCCGAUGGUGGACUUUGGUUACGAUAUCUCCGACUUUCGCGCCAUCCAGGACGAGUACGGAACGAUGGCCGAUUUCGAGCGGCUCGUCGAGCAAGCGCGCCUCCUUGGGCUGAAAGUGAUCAUGGACUUUGUGCCGAACCAUUCGAGCAACAAGCACGAGUGGUUCAUCAAGUCGGAGAACCGGGAACCGGGCUACGAAGAUUACUACGUGUGGCACGAUGGAAAGCCGAAUGGGCCCGGUCAACGAAACCUUCCACCGAACAAUUGGAUUCAAGCGUUUCGCGGAAGUGCGUGGCAGUGGAGCGAAACACGUCAGCAGUACUACCUGCACCAGUUUACGGUUGAGCAGCCCGAUCUCAACUAUCGCAACCCAGCGGUGGUCCAGGAGAUGAAGGACGUGUUGACGUUCUGGUUGGACAAGGGAGUCGAUGGCUUUCGCAUCGAUGCCGUUCCCACGCUGUACGAGGACACAGAGCUACGAGAUGAGCCCCCGAGUGGACUGACGGACGACACCGAGGACACGAACUACCUGAGGCACAUCUACACGCAGGAUUUGCCGGAAACAGUGGAGAUGGUUUACCAGUGGCGCGAGCUGGUCGAUGCGUACCAAAAGGCGAACGGGGGCGAUACCCGCGUGAUCAUGACCGAAGCUUACUCCUCGCUGGAGGUCAUCCGAACGUACUAUCAAAGCGCCAGCGGACGGUUGGGCUCCCACAUGCCGUUCAAUUUCCGAAUGAUCACCGAACUGAGCGGGCAAUCGAAACCAUCCGAUUACGCGCAGAUCGUGCAGGAUUGGAUGGGCAUCCUUCCCGCUGGCCAAGUACCGAACUGGGUGAUGGGCAACCAUGAUCGGCCGCGCGUCGGGACACGGAUGGGCUCAGACCGUAUCGAUGCGUUAAAUAUGAUACUGCUCAGCCUGCCGGGGGCCAGCGUUACGUAUCAGGGGGAAGAAAUUGGAAUGACCGACGGGGUCAUUUCGUGGGAGGACACAGUGGAUCCCGCAGCAUGCAACGCCGGGAAGGACCUGUACGCCGAGAAGUCGCGGGACCCCUGCCGGACACCGUUUCAGUGGGAUGGUUCCUCGAUGGCAGGAUUCACCUCCGGGAGCAGGACGUGGCUUCCGGUGGGUCCGCUCUACCGGGAGGUGAACGUGCAGGUGCAAGAGCAGGCAGAGAAAAGCCACCUGAAAGUGUACCGGUCGAUGAUGGAGCUGAGGAAAACGAAAACGCUCCAGCUGGGCACCGUGAAAGCUAUCGCGCUGGGCGAUACGGUGCUUGCGGUUGUUCGGGAGCUGAAAACUUACAGCACCUACAUCACACUGAGCAAUCUUGGCAACACGCUGCAGAUUGUAAGCGCUGUAGCUUUGGCCGAUGCUAUGCCGAGUAAACUUUACUUUGAGACAGUCAGUGUGGGAUCGCACAAUAUUCGCGGGGGUGCUGUAGCCACGAAGGACAUCGUAUUGCUCCCGUACGAAUCGUUCGUCCUUAAGGCACGCGUGGCGCCAGUGGAACACCUCUAUUCUUCGAUCUGCGAUUUAUGGUUACAAUAAACUGCAUACCUUUUCG